AAAUGGCGGACGCCGUAGCUCUGCUUAUAUGUAUAAUAUUAGUGUCUGUCAGAUUGUCGUGCCCCUGUAAUUUUUACCAAAAGGACUAAUAAAAAGGCGAUUCGAUAAGACGAGAAAUUGAUAAACAUCAUUAUGUGAUGUCAAAUGUAAGAGCAAUAGUGGAUAGACUAAUUUGUGGAUUCUGACAACACUGUUAAAUCAGAGAUCCAGUUUGUCACUGAGGAUAUGAGUGGAAAAUUGAGUCGUGAUGAUGAGGCGGGGCUAUAAUGUCAUCCAGAUGAUCUAAAAAAAAGCGAAUGUGACACCGUAUUGACAUCAUUGGGUCAAGUUAUGGAGGAUAGUUUGAGCGUAAAGUCGAUGGAAUCAGUGGCGACUAGCGAUGAAUAUGAAUUCGUGAAUGACAAAGGAUCAUCGAAAAAUCAACAGGCCCUUCUCGAGCCACCUAUGCUAAAUAUCGCCAAUAAUGGUAAUUUAGAAGAUCUCCAAAAUAAUUUAAGAGAGGUAUUAACUGAAGACACAAAAAUGGAUAGUAUUGGCGACGUCAAGAUCAUUGAUGGUACCAUCCAGAGAACGAAAGAAGUGGGGCAAAGUAAAUUUUAUGAUGUGGUAACCACUGAAAAACAGGAUGAAAUGAAGCCAGAUGAUUAUGAAGAUUAUGAGUUGAACACAAUGGCAGAUUUUCACCAGGACUGCACGAUAUUCAAUGGAGUAACUUAUCUUGGGUCUGCUGCAAUAAAUGCCCCCAAAUCUGAGGCUGAAAUCCAGAGGAAUAUGGCAAUUCUAUCAGCUGAACAGACUGUCAAUCUUGAGAUUAAAGUUUCAGUCUCUGUGCCUAGCAGUUCUCAGGGUUCGGUAGUGCUUUACGAUGCAGGAACACAACAAGCAAUGGCCUAUUACGAGGUCCAGAGAAUUUUAUUUUACGUACGUGGUGAUAUUACUGGUAGCUGUGCUGCUUGUUUUGCCUUCACAUGGUCCCACGGUGAUACACAAGAGUCAGCCAUAUUUCAGUGCCACGUAUUUCGUUGUGACAUACCGGAAGCAGUUGGACAAGUCUCGGCUUGUUUUGCAAAAGCCUUCCAACGUAUCCCACGAUCGAUGACAAGUUCUCAAACAAGUACAGAUUUCAACAAUGGGUUCAAUCAAGCCGAGCGAAGCAAUUCGCGAGUAUUCAUCUUUGAGGUGACAAUGGAGGUAAAAGAGGAAGAUGGUAGAGGAAGUUAUAGCACAGUACCAAAGGACAGAAGCUGUUUCAAACUCCGAAGCAAUGUCGCCAAACAAGUCUGUCUGAGUAUCCAACAGGUAUCCAGCAAGGAGGGUGGAAUAACUCUCGAAGUAGAGAGGUGUUUUGGAGUGUUAGUCAGUCCAGGUCGUAAUGUUAAACAUUCAGAUAUGCGUUUGUUGGAGAUGCAAUCUAGUGUAGCUCCAAUGGGCCAAGAUAAGCAGUGCUACAAUAUAUCUGGAAGCUGGGAUCCUGCUGAUCCAGCCCUCGAAACUCUAAACAAUGAGACAAAAGAGGGCAAGAUCUAUAUGACCGUUGCUGUUGACUUAGUUAUCAGGGGAAUAAGAGAACCCGUUAGAUUUGUCAUUGAAACGGCUGUCAAGGUUUAUCCUCAGAAUGAAAGAUUCUGGUAUUUAGUCAAGAAGAAUCUCGUCCAACAAUUUCAACUCAACUCAAAGGAAAUUAUCUCACCUGAUGGCAAGGAGAUACAUUACGAAGUGCAAAGCAUCGAAACGUCUGGCGAAUUAGACCGGAAUCGAUUAAAUCUGGCUCUCAAUCUGGCCUCACUCAUCAGAUCUCCUUCCUUGACUAGUAUUGAUACGUUAACACCCAAUCAACCAGAGGAGAUUGACUCUGAUGGAGAUGAACCAAUGCUCAGUGGUACUGGCGAGGUUUCCAAGUAUUGCUCAGUGGAUGAGCUAGCUAGCUGGAAGGAGGUCCUUGACAGUUGGCAAAUUAACCAACACCGUCCAAAAUUGCUCAUUAAAUUGACACGUCAGGGAAUACCUGAGGCACUGAGGGGCGAGGUCUGGCAAAGGCUGAGCAAUUGUGAUAAUUCACAAGACAUGAUGGAUAAGUACAGGAUUCUCAUUACCAAGGAGAGUAGUUGUGAAAGUGUUAUCCUUAGAGAUAUAAACCGAACCUUUCCAGCUCAUGAUUUUUUCAAAGAAAGCGGAGGCUUGGGACAGGAUUCAUUGUAUAGAAUCAGUAAAGCUUAUGCUGCAUAUGAUGAAGAAGUUGGUUACUGUCAGGGAUUGAGUUUUCUCGUUGCAAGCCUUCUUUUACAUAUGCCAGAAGAACAAGCCUUUUGUGUUCUAGUUAAAUUGAUGUACAAUUAUGGUUUGAGGGAUUUGUACAAAGACAGAUUUGACAAUCUUCAUAUGCGCUUUUAUCAGCUCAAUCGUUUAAUUGAGGAUCAAUUGCCAGAACUCUACAAACACUUUUUUGAUCUCGGUGUCGAAACUCACAUGUUCGCAGCACAGUGGUUUCUCACCCUAUUCACAGCACGAUUUCCUCUCUAUCUAGUAUUCCAUAUUCUUGAUGUCUUUUUGCUACAAGGAUUGGAUACCAUUUUUCAAGUCGCUCUUGCUUUGCUCACGCUAUGCAAGAAAGAACUACUUCAACAAGAUUUCGAAUCAAUAUUGAAAUAUUUUCGCGUUCAUCUGCCAAAACGUUGUCGCAGCGAAGAUGUAUCACGUCACGUUAUGAAACUCGCGUGCUCAGUUACUUUGAAGAAACUUAAAAAAUAUGAGGCAGAAUUCACAACCCUCAAAGAGGCACAAGAGAAUGCAGACGAGUACAGUAACGAACUGGAACAGCUACGAAUAGUCGUUGGGAGAAAUGAAGAGGAGAAACAAAGACUUGAGACUGAGCUCAUGCAAGUUAAAGAGAUGUUACAGAGAGAAGUAUCCAGGGCUGAUGCCGAAAGUAGAAGGAACGUUGUUAUUAUUAAUGAGUAUAAGCAGAUAUGUCAACGUUUGGAGGAUGACUACAACUCAGCUAGGACUGCCUUGAGUGACUUGAGGUUGAAAAUUUCAAAAUGUGAAAAAUGCAGAGGCUCUGUUGCUGACUCGUCAACCGUGUAUACUGAUAUGAUUUCUCAUCCCCUUGAGACUCGUGUUGAUCCAAUGUUGCAUCGAACCCAAGAGCGAGUUCGUGAACUAGAGCUUGAAUUAGCACAGACUAAAUUGGCGCAUGUUGAAGCUGAAUGUCGAAAUCAGGAUCUAACUCAUCAGCUUCAUGCAACAGCCUCAGAACUCCAGACAGCCCGAAAUACAUGGCCUUGGUUAAGUAAAACUUUAUCAAGUAUAAAAGAAGCUACUAAUAAACGUGAUAUUAUAAGUCCAGGUGUCAUAAGACGUGAGAGUGCACCGAGCGGUGAAAUAAGACAUACGAUACAUUCACAGAGCCGUGAUAGCAUUAAAGAGGCUGUUUGAGUGAGUAAACUUGACAAAAUUUUCAAUAAUCAAUGAUCGAUGCAUUCCAUGGAGUUGUUUAUCAAGCAUGGAAAAUAAAACUUAUUUAUAUGUCGUCUAAGACAGUUUCGAUGAGUUUAAAAGUAUCACAUUUCUUCCUACUUUAGCAAAUCGUUAAUCCACAUAAAUUCAUUAUUUCUCAUUGAUAUUAUGAUAGGAAAUCAUUAAUUAUGUUUCAUAUUUUUCAUUGAUUGAUAUUAAAGUGAGAAAAAUAUAA